AUGGCCGCCGGUAACUUUUCGCUGCCUCCGGGCCAACACCCUUACUACCCCAUUGAGAAGGAGAUUGUAGGCUAUCUGGCCAACAAAUGGGGCACGCUCGACCUGCUGCUCAUGUUCGCUGCUGGAUGCGUUGCCAUCUUCAGCGUCACGUACGUGAUGGUGAAGCGUCUGCGCCCCAAUGCCAGCACCGGCGACCUUUCCACCAUCAUGUGGUUUGUGCUAUGCGGCUGCAUACACUCGUUCUUCGAGGGCUACUUCGCCUACAACUUUAGGAAUAUGGGCGGAUUGAACGACCUCUUUGGACAGCUGUGGAAGGAGUAUGCGCUGAGCGACUCACGUUACUUGACCCAGGAUGCCUUCGUUCUGUGCAUGGAGACUGUCACUGCUGUUUUCUGGGGCCCUGGUUCCUUCCUUUGCGCCUACCUCAUCUCCAUUGAUCACCCUCUCCGUUACUCGGCCCAACUCAUCGUCUCGCUCGGUCAGUUCUACGGUGACGUUCUAUACUACGCUACAUCGUUGUUCGACCACUACAUCCUCAACCUCUCAUACUCGCGCCCUGAGCAGUUCUACUACUGGGGCUACUUCGUCCUGAUGAACGCUUUCUGGAUCGUCAUCCCUGGAUAUCUCAUGUACCAGAGCGUCAUGGCUACAUGGAGCGCGUUUGCGGCUGUCAACGAUGCGGCAAGGCUCGUUGAGAAGAUGGGAAAGAAGCGCAACUAG